AUAAAUACUGCUUACUCAGUGAUGAACAACACAAACCCAUCCUCUCAAAUAAAUAACUUGUCCCAUUUUCUCUCUUUCAAAACCAACUGCCUCAAAUAAAAUGGGGAUUUAUGGCAGGAGCCUUGUUGUUAUUACUAUUCAUCUCUUUUCAAUAUUUACCUUACUUCAUGCUGCAACCAAUGAGACGGAUCGACUAGCUUUGCUCGAAUUCAAGGCUAAAAUUACUGACCCUCUUGGUGUCAUGACUUCAUGGAAUAGCUCACAUCAUUUUUGCCAAUGGUACGGCGUCGUAUGUGGGCGUAGACAUCGCCAAAGAGUUGCAGUGUUACGUCUACACUCUCUGAAACUUUCAGGUUCUAUAUCACCACAUAUUGGCAAUUUAAGCUUUCUAAGAAAAUUAUAUCUCUAUAAUAACAGCUUCAGCUAUGAGAUUCCUCCUGAAAUUGGCCAUUUGCGCAGACUGCAAGGAUUGUUUCUUUACAAUAACUCACUUGGCGGCAAAAUUCCUUCAAACUUAUCUUCUUGUUCUAAUCUUAAAUUCUUGAAUUUAAAUGGCAACCACUUGAUAGGUGAAAUUCCUUUAGAGCUUACCUUCUUGAGCAGGCUGCAACGUUUAUCAUUGGGUCAAAAUGAUUUAACAGGAACUAUCCCUCUGUCUAUUGCAAAUCUAACAUCUCUUGAGUAUCUCUACCUGAGUGUCAACAUUUUGCAUGGAGUUGUACCUCAAUACAUUGGUCAAUUAAAGAAUUUGAGCACUUUAGCUCUUUUCAAUAAUCAAUUUUCAGGAACCAUCCAUUCUUCAAUCUUUAAUCUCUCUUUGAUUGAGGCUUUUGACGUGGGUAACAAUUAUUUAGAGGGGACUCUUCCGGUAAGCUUAGGUGUGUCUCUUCCGUAUCUCCAAUUCUUUUCAAUUGGUUUUAACCAAUUCAGUGGAUCCAUUCCAUCUUCAAUUUCUAAUGCAUCAAAUUUGGAAUCCUUUCAAGUAACCGGUAAUAAGCUUACUGGAGUUGUACCUUCUUUUCAAAAGUUGAAUAAACUCUCAACACUUUCGCUUGGUCGAAACCAUUUUGGGAAUGGAAAAGAUGAUGACUUGAAGUUUCUACAUGGCCUAACUAAUGCAACUCGUUUAAGAAUACUAGAUUUGGGAUUUAACAAUUUUGGAGGGGCGCUGCCUAAACAGAUUGCUAACUUUUCACGGGAACUCGAGCGUAUCUACAUCAACAACAAUCAAAUACAUGGAAAUAUCCCAACUGGUAUAGACUCCCUUAUAAGCUUGAAUAUAUUCGUUGCAUCAAACAACAAUCUCUCAGGUACCAUCCCUUCUGGCAUUGGAAAACUCAAGAAUUUAGCAAUACUUUCUUUGUCUAGUAAUGAUUUAACUGGAAAUAUUCCAUCAUCUUUAGGAAAUUUGACAAAUUUGAUUCAAAUUUACUUAUAUGACAAUCAACUUCAUGGUAAUAUCCCUCCAAAUUUAGGGAAUUGCAAACGGUUACUAUUGUUAGAUCUUUCCCAAAACAAUCUUACUGGUCUCAUACCUCCACAGAUUUUUGAAAUUUCUUCAUUAUCAAUAGGACUUUAUCUAUCUACCAAUCGUUUGAAUGGUCCCAUUCCUAACCAAGUAGGAAACUUGAAACAACUGGGAGAACUAUAUCUUCAUAACAACAUGUUAUCAGGUCACAUUCCUAGUGAUCUUGCUGGUUGCGUGAGUCUAGAGGCAUUAUCAAUCAGUCACAACUUCUUCCAAGGGUCGAUCCCUUCUUCUUUAAGCGCAUUGAGAGGCCUUCAGUUCUUGAUCCUUUCCUACAACAAUGUUUCGGGACAGAUUCCAAGUUUCUUAGUGAACUUUAGUUUAUUAGCAUUGGAUAUUUCGCAUAAUGAUUUUGAAGGUAUGGUGCCAAUUGAAGGAAUUUUCAAGAAUUCAAGUGCAGUAUCAAUUGUCGGAAACAAGAGAUUAUGUGGUGGUAUAAGUGAUUUUGGCCUUCCUACAUGCAAAUAUGAUCAAGAACCGAAAAGAAAACGACGACGAACUGUAAUAUUUAUAGUUGCAGGGUUUACAGGAAUAUUAGCAUUAAUACUUGGUUGCUUAUUUCUUUGGUUUUCAAGAAAGAGGAGAAAAGAUUCAGCGCCGUGCGAUUUUGAGAAUGCUAAUUUAUUGAGACUGUCUUAUCAAAAUCUCCUUAAAGCGACGAAUGAAUUUUCUUUGGAUAAUUUAAUUGGUUCAGGUGGAUUUGGGUCUGUCUAUAAAGGAGUUCUUGAGCAAGACGGACUUGUAAUUGCAGUGAAAGUGCUUAAUCUUAUGCGUCGAGGAGCUUCAAAAAGUUUCCUAGCUGAAUGUGAAGUGUUAAGGAAUGUUAGACAUAGAAAUCUUGUCAAAGUAAUCACUGCUUGUUCUAGUGUUGAUUAUGCCGGCAACGAUUUCAAAGCUUUGGUUUAUGAGUUCAUGGAUAACGGGAGCUUAGACGAUUGGCUGCAUCCAACACAUCAGCCGAGGAAUUUAAACAUUGUUCAAAGGUUGAAUAUUGCGAUUGAUGUAAGUUCCGCUUUGGAGUAUCUCCAUUGUCAUGCAGGGAUAUUGCCGAUUGUUCAUAGUGAUCUAAAGCCAAGCAAUGUUCUUCUUGAUAAAGAAAUGACUGCACAUGUGGGUGAUUUUGGGUUAGUCAAGUUCUUUCAUGAGGAGAUUAUUCAUCCUACUCCAAAUCAGUCCACCUCUCUUGCAGAUGUAGGAACUAUUGGUUACUGCCCCCCAGAGUAUGGCAUGGGAAAUGUUGCUUCAACAUCGGGUGACAUAUUUAGUUUUGGUAUACUCUUAUUGGAGAUGUUCACCGGAAAGAGACCAACUGAUGACGCGUUCAAAGAGGGACUAAGCCUCCAUGACUUUGUCAAAAGUUCUUUGCCCGAGCAAGUGACAGACAUUACAGAUCCCACUUUUCUUCAAAUGGAGGAAGAACCGUUGAGUCAUUUUCAUUAUUCCAGGAACAUCAUGAGAAAAAAUAGACUUAUUGAGUGCUUGAUUUCAGUACUCGAUAUUGGAAUCUUAUGUUCUUCGGAAUCACCACAAGAACGUUUGAAUAUUGGUGAUGUUGUUACUCAACUCUCUUCUAUCAAAAACAAGUUACCGGUGACAAUAGGUUGAAUAUGAAUGGAUAUGGAAUGCGAUCAAAUUGAUAUGAAGCAUAAAAUGUUUUUAGAGAAAUUUGGAAUUUUUUGAUAAUUGGUUAGGACAAUAAGCAAGAUUUGUACAAUUGUAUGGUUAUCAAUAAUUUUUUGUUAAUCCGAAAUUGUAAUCUUAUUAUAAAAUUUGUAAUAAAGGGCUAAUAAUGUUAGUUGAAGUCGACAAGUUUGUGCA